GCCGGCGGCAGCGGAGGGAGCGCGGGGCAGGAGGAGGCGGGGAAGAUGGACCCUGCUCCCUCCAUGGGCUGCAGCCUCAAGGAUGUGAAGUGGAACCCGGUGGCCGUUCCGCUCGACCUGCUGGUCAGCACUUACCGGCUGCCCCAGAUCGCGCGGCUGGACAGCGGAGAAUGUAUAGAAGGACUGCGGGAAAACGACUACCUUCUGAUUCAUUCAUGCCGUCAAUGGACGACCAUCACUGCCCAUAGCCUGGAGGAGGGACACUAUGUCAUUGGGCCAAAGAUAGAGAUUCCAGUCCAUUAUGCAGGGCAAUUCAAGCUGCUGGAACAAGAUCGAGAUAUAAAGGAACCAGUGCAAUAUUUUAACAGUGUGGAGGAGGUAGCUAAAGCAUUUCCUGAACGCGUGUACGUCAUGGAAGAAAUAACAUUCAACGUGAAGGUGGCUUCAGGUGAAUGCAAUGAAGACACCGAAGUUUACAACAUCACCCUCUGUACCGGAGAUGAACUCACUCUAAUGGGGCAGGCAGAAAUCCUAUAUGCAAAGACUUUCAAGGAAAAGUCAAGACUCAACACGAUAUUCAAAAAGAUCGGGAAGCUCAAUUCUAUCAGCAAACUGGGUAAAGGCAAAAUGCCGUGCCUCAUUUGCAUGAACCACCGGACCAAUGAAAGCAUCAGCCUUCCAUUCCAAUGCAAGGGCAGGUUUAGCACCCGCAGUCCCCUGGAGCUUCAGAUGCAGGAGGGUGAACACACCAUCCGCAACAUUGUGGAGAAAACCAGGCUACCUGUGAAUGUGACCGUGCCAAGUCCCCCUCCGAGAAACCCAUAUGAUCUCCACUUCAUCCGUGAGGGACACCGUUACAAAUUUGUCAACAUCCAGACCAAGACAGUGGUGGUUUGCUGUGUUCUGCGGAACAACAAGAUCCUCCCCAUGCACUUCCCUUUGCACUUGACUGUUCCCAAGUUUAGCCUCCCAGAACACCUCAUGAAGGGUGAAGUAUGGCCCGAAACCCUGGUCCAUCACUGGCUGGGAAUCUGCCAAGAACAAUUUGACAUUGAUGAGUAUUCACGGGCUGUCCGUGACGUGAAAACUGACUGGAAUGAGGAUUGCAAGAGCCCCAAGAAGGGCCGGUGCUCUGGCCACAACCACGUGUCCAAUUCCCUUAGCUACGCCCGCGAUGAGCUCACCCAGUCCUUCCACCGACUUUCAGUGUGUGUGUAUGGCAACAAUCUCCAUGGAAACAGCGAGGUGAACCUCCACGGCUGCAGAGACCUUGGGGGAGAGUGGACCCCCUUUCCUAAUGACAUCCUGCCCUACCAGGACCCUGGUGAUAGCGGAAGCGACUACCUUUUCCCAGAAGCUAGUGAAGAAUCAACAGGCAUCCCUGGGAAGUCGGAACUUCCUUAUGAGGAGUUGUGGCUGGAUGAAAGCAAGACCAGCCAUCAGCCUCUCACUCGAUCCUUGAGCGAGAAGAGCAGAUGUGAUCAUUUCAGAAGUUCUGUCCGGUCUAAAUGUGUAACUUCUCCUCUUCCUGCCCCUGGGGCUCUGGGAGCAGCAAUGAAGUCUUCAGAUAUCGCCCUACCUCCACCUCCAGUGCCUCCCAAAUCUGAAGCCGUCAGGGAAGAAUGCCGGCUCCUGAACGCCCCACCUGUUCCGCCCCGAAGUGCAAAGCCUUUGUCCACAAGCCCCUCCAUCCCUCCUCGCACAGUCAAGCCAGCGCGGCAACAGACUCGUUCUCCCAGCCCCACCUUGUCCUACUAUUCUUCAGGGCUGCACAACAUCGUUACUAAGAGUGACACGAGUCCUUCUGAAAGUGCUCCUGUGUCCUGCUAUCCGUGCAACCGAAUGAAAACUGAUUCUGUGGAACUGAAAUCCCCGUUUGGAAGCCCCUCUGCUGAAGCUCUGUCAUCCAGGCUCUCGUGGCCUAACCAUUAUAUGGGAGCAUCUGAAAGCCAGACUCGGAAUGAUUUCCUAUUGGAUCCAAGCAGGAGCUAUAGUUAUCCUAGGCAAAAGACACCAGGCACACCAAAGAGAAACUGCCCAGCACCCUUUGAUUUUGAGGGCUGUGAGCUCUUAGGCAACCAGAUUGAACCCAGCUCAGUCACUGCAGAAUUCAGUAACUGCAUCUCUGGUUGUCCCAAGUCAGCAAGCUACUCUUUGGAGAGCACUGAUGAGAAGACUCUUGCAGCUGGCACAACAAAACAGAGUGUUUCAUGCCCUGCCUUACCCCCACGGGCCCCAAAAGCAGUGGAAGAGAUAGCUGCAUCGGAAACAUCUCCUUUGCCUCUGAAGAUUGAUGGUGCUGAGGAAGACCCCAAGUCUGGGUCACCAGACCUCUCUGAAGACCAGUAUUUUGUUCAAAAGGGCAUGCAGGACAUCUUUUCUGUCUCCUAUCCCUUUUCAUCUCCACUCCAUCUCCAGCUGGCCCCACGCUCUUGUGGCGAUGGUUCCCCUUGGCAGCCACCGGCCGACCUGUCAGGACUCUCUAUAGAAGAAGUGUCCAAGUCAUUGCGGUUCAUUGGUCUGUCUGAAGAUGUCAUAGCAUUCUUUGUUACUGAAAAGAUUGAUGGGAAUUUGCUCGUCCAGCUGACAGAAGAAAUCCUCUCUGAGGAUUUCAAAUUGAGCAAACUGCAGGUGAAGAAGAUAAUGCAAUUCAUUAAUGGCUGGAGGCCCAAAAUAUAGCCAAAUAACCCCGGCUAGCAUGGACCAAAACUGGUAACUGUGUGUGCUAGAAGGGGUGGGCUGGGACGUAAUUUCAUGUUUUUGCACUAUAAACCUUCUCUGUAAAUAGGAAUGAGAGACACUCUUACUAUGCAGAUUACGUUUUUGAAUGGUAAACAGGCUAUUUUGUACAUCAAUAAAAAUGCUGUACAGAACACUGAGAGGUGUGCCUUGUACGUCACUCAACACCUAACAGCUGCUAAAAGGAAGAAGGCAUGUUCUGAGAAUUCAUUCUUACCAAAAUAGGUUUAUGUGAGAAGGUAUAAUAUUUAUUACAAAAUAGCCAAAGCUGAAAGACAUUAAAAAAAAAAAAAAAAAAAGCAAACCGUUUUGAACAAUAAUUCCCUUCUUUGGAGAUGGGGAUUGACUUUAGACAUUUAACUGUAUUCUGUGCUCUGUCAUUUUGAUUGCUGAAUGCUAAUUGUUUUACUCUUGUGCCUGAAAAUGUUAGUGAUAUGAAAUGACACUUUAAUGUUAUAUGCUUGGUGGGGGAAGCUUUUUAAUCAACGACUUUUUCCAAAAUUCAUCUGUUGAUGGAGGUAAUGUGACAUCUUGAAAAAUAACACAGAUCACGACCACAAUAAUUUAUCUAUAACUGCUGCUAAUUUUAUUGAGCAGAGGAAAAAUUAUAUAUGUGUAUAUUUAAGUAUACAUAAUACACCCUCACUUGUUUUAUUUAAAGCAUCAUUCUGAGUUUAUUUUAUAUAAAAUCUGUUCACGUUCAAAUGUCCGUUAAUAUUUUAGGGCUGACAAAAUUGACUCUCUUAGGAAUGGGGACAGAAUAAUUCCAAAGUGUCUCAGAACCCUGUCACUUGAAGUUGAAUCUUGUUAGUCUUCAGAGCUGAAGACUUGGAACCAUCAUUAGAGUCUGUAUUGAAGAAUUAAAUUUUAUUUUAGGCACAUUAUAAGGCUGGUUUUACAUAUUAUACUUCCAUGGCAAUAUCUGGGGAGAUGACAGUUUUUGCCAGAUGAUCAUUUUUCUCUGGUUUGAGUGUCCUAUUCCCUGGUGUCGGAUGAUGAGAGGUCUGCAAAGCGUUUCUUAGAGCCAGCCAGGUGUUCUUAACAUGCUUUAGGGGAGUUCAGAAGUCA